UUUUACUGGAUAACUGCAUUAACAAACAGUACUUUGCUUGGGGUGUUGCAAAGUCAUCUCUGUUCAUUUUCAUACGAGGUUCGAUCGAAGCUGGCUCUUCAUCUUCGUUAUACAUGAUUGGCCUAGGCCCUUUGCGACGGAGAAGGACAAACGCUCCCGAUGUAGGAAACCAGUUAGAGUCUGUUGGAGUUGUUUUGAAUCCAAAAGAUAGCAAUAUUUAUGAGGUAAACGAAGAGGAUACGCUAGAUCAGUUGGAAAUAAUGUCUUGCCGGGACAGAACUUCUGAAUUUCUCUCAACAAUCAAAUCACUGCAAUCGAGGCAGGGAAAGAUUCUUCCUGGGGCUGGCAAAGAAAAUGGCUACUUGCGUCCAAGGAGUCAAUUCACUAUUCUUGCAAAGAAAAUUGGAAUGGACAUCAGCAACACAUUUGUGAAGCUCGAAAAGCUGACACUGUUGGCAAAACGCAAGUCUUUGUUUGAUGAUAAAGCAAUUGAAAUACAAGAACUUACCUAUAUCAUCAAGCAGGACAUAACCCAUUUGAAUCAGCAAAUUUCACAGCUACAUCAGAUUGUUAAUAGCAAUCAUACAGACAAGAGCAAACAUGUGCAAACACAUUCGCAUUCUGUGGUGAUUUCCCUUCAGUCAAAGCUUGCUCACAUGUCAAAAGACUUCAAAGAUGUUCUAGAAGUGCGAACUGAGAACAUGAAACAACAGAAGCAGCGACGAGACCAAUUUUCACAAGGUCCGAUGGCAGACAGCCUCCCUUCUGCGGCGCUCUCUGGACAUAUUUCAGGAUCGGCUCUCCAGAGAAAUAGCUCGAACCCAAACCAGCAGGAGGCAUCAAGUUCUAUUGCCAUAGAAAUGCCAGGCUUCGAUAACCAUGGAAGUCAAGCUCAAGCUUUUGCAGCACAGGAGGAUUAUAUAAAAACGAGGGCCGAUGCUAUGGAAAACAUAGAGCAAACUAUUGUAGAACUUGGAGGAAUAUUUUCACAACUGGCACACAUGGUUAAAGAGCAGGAAGAAGAAAUUAAAAGAAUCGAUUCAAAUGUCGAAGAAACUGAAUCAAACGUCGAACUUGCUCAUACUGAGAUUCUGAAGUACUUUCAGUCAAUAUCAUCAAACCGUUGGCUAAUGAUUAAAAUUUUUUUCGUUCUUAUUGUUUUCUUCAUAAUAUUUGUUGUUUUCAUGACCUGAUAUGAAUCCUUAAUGACAUUUAAUUGGUGCUAAUAUAGAGUAUAAAUGUAGUGUAUUUAAAAAAACUGUGUUUUUCUUUUUCGCUAUCUUUCUUUCAUUACAAAAUCAGUUAAAA